AUGACUGAGAUAGGAAGGAGCACUCCUUUGGACUGGCCGGGGGGCUGGGUCAGCGACGUGGUGAGGAGCUACGUCGGGCAGCACAGCCUGAACCGGUGGGGGGGCCGGUGGGCUCCCAGGGAGGUGCGGGCUGCGGUGGAGAAGGAGGAGGCCUGUGACGAGCUGGCCGGUGCGAAGAAGGAGAUGCACGGGAAGAUUUGGCGGAAUGUUUUGUCAGCAGCGCUCACGAAGGAGCAGAGGAACCUGUCAUGGCUGGCUGUCCAGGACAGGUUGGAGACGCGGGGUUUCUUGUACAGCCGCCAAAUGGUGCAUACCCCCAAGUGCCCGAGGGGCUACAACGCGGACGAAACUGCAGCGCAUGUGAUGGUGGCGUGCCCUUUUGCCCAGGAGGUCUGGCGGAGAAGUAAACCGUUGCUGGCCCGUUUCGCGCUGUCGAGGGUGACGGCACGGGACGUCAUGUGGGGAGAGCUGCGGGGGGUGGGCAGGGAGGACAGGGACCAGGUGUGGGCUGUAAUAGGAGCAACGAAGGAGUUGCUGUGGAAAGCGCGAAAGAAGGAGCUGGAGGGGUCCCUGAUGUCCCCGUCUCUCAGCAAGAGCUGGUCGUACGUGGGGAGGCAGGGUGGAGGCCAGGAUCUGUCCCUGGUACCCGGGAAGGUGACCAAGGGCACGGUUCUGCACGAGUUGAUGCACGCGCUCGGCUUCCACCACGAGCACUGCCGCAGCGACCGUGACGACCACGUCUGGGUGCUGAGCGAGAACAUCAAGGAAGAAUGGAAGAGUCAAAUCGUGAAGAUGAAAUCACAUGCGCAUGACGUGUCCACCCCCUACGACUGCAGCUCCAUCAUGCACUACAGCAUGACGGCGGGCUCGGUGGACGAGCGCAACCCGACCAUCAUCCCCAAGAAUCCGCUCCUCAUGCUGCACAUGGGGCAUGGCAACUCCCUGAGCCCCUGCGACGUGGCCAAGGUGCAGAAGCUGUACGGAUACGAGACGACACUGCCGCUGAGCUCCACAGGUGUGGGAGACUGCGAGGGUCUGGAGAGCCAAGUGAGAGUUUGGAGGCGAAAGACAGAGCAAGAGCUGAAGGAGGAAAAAGAAGCCAAAGAGCGGGAAUUUAAGACAAAGGCCGGCCCAGUUGGGGAGAUCAUCCGUGAGCUCAGGUGGCUCUCCACGUACGACGGCUCCACAAUGCCACGCCUGGAGAGGCUGCUGGAGCUGCUGUCUUCCGAGUGCCCAGCACAGGAGAAGGAGGCGCUCCACACGGCUUACAGAGAUGACGAUGGCCCAAAGGUUCUCAAGAGGAUCUUGGAGUUCCCCAAGGCAGAGGCCGACAGAAUUUCUCUACUGCUCGUGCUGAACAAAAUAUUAAACGCUGUGGCCGUUCAGACUGCAGAGAAAGGCUCCUGUGACAAGAGGACCAUUGAGCAAGCCUUCCAGGAAUUCCGCGACAAAACGUGCAUCAGGUUCACUCCUAGAACACAGGAGGAUAAUUACAUCAACUUCCAGGCACUGGACGGGAGCUGGUCGUUCCUGGGCAAGAAGGGAGGGGCCCAGUCCUUGUCCCUGGAGCCCGGGAAGGUGACCAAGGGAACGGUUCUGCACGAGCUCAUGCACGCGCUCGGCUUCCAGCACGAGCACUGCCGCAGAGACCGCGAUAAGUACAUCAAGAUUAACGAGGACAACGUCAAGGAAGGUGAACAACGCCAGUUUCAACUGCUGGAUACUGACGACUGUGAACUUCCCUACGACUACAUCAGCAUCACUCACUACGGCAGGGACGCCUUCUCCGGUGAUGGGAUUAGCCCUACGAUCAUCCCUAUACCAGACACAACCACUGUCAGCCAGCGGGAUUGCCUCAGCCCACUGGACGUCGUUAAAAUCCGCAAGAUGUACAAAACCAUGGUGAAAGGAGACAUUAUUAAAGCUGUUGCUGAGACGGCCGUGCUUGUUCCAUCAUUGAAAGCGCAUGUCCUAAAGACGGCCAUGCUUGCACCCACGUUGAAAGCGCCUGUCCCAGAGGUGAAAGCAAAGGCAGAGGCAACAAAGCAAGACUCUUGGGGCUGCGCUAUCAUGUAGCGCCAGCGGGCCGUGACCACACGCUGAGCGCAACUUGCCCGGCACGAAGAGAUCUUCUGGAAUGGGGCGUCACCACCGCUCAUAUUCACUUUACAAUUCAAUAAUCUUGAGCAUAGGUGUUAUUUUACGCAAUCCUUUUUGCUCCACUGAACGUGAUUUGUUCUUCUUAAAAUGUUUAAAUAUUAUUAGAUUUUUACAUUGUAAUGGCUUCAUCAUGAAAAUGGGGAAUAAUGAUGUGUUAAUAAUUGUCUAUACAUAAUUACACACACUUCACACUCGUGAUUAGUAGUUACACAUAUCACAAUAAUAUAAAUGUUAGUUUCAUGUCCUUUAGCAAAAGCACUUUUGGAAAAUGUCUUUGCUCUUGAGUCGCUCAUAAACAGUAAUUAGAACAAACAGCCAAAUCGAGAUCCAAACAUCGCCCCUGCUGGCGUUGACACUGGUGUAACCGUCAGAACAUCAGCCAGCCACUGCGCACAUCCCCUUCAUGAAGGAAAACUUAAAUACAAGCCACAGUGCGACUGUGGCCAUGCAUCCCAAACUAUGGACCACAGACUAAACCACUGUGGUCUGCACUCCGUCAAUGGAGGAGUAAUUAAAAACGACACCAACUCUCUCUAUAAUCCCUAAUGUGGCUAGCAGACCUUAAUAUUGGCAUUCAGCACUUGAACAUAGUUGCAUAAGCAUGAACAGUUUACAUACAUUUAUUGCCAAAUUAUUUUUAUUGCAAAAACAGACAAUGGGAAGAUUUGCUGUCAGGGCAGUGUUACAGUCAGCUCAAUCACAGGGGAUGCACAACGUCCUAGGGGAGUGUGUUGCACGCAUCUCCCUGGAAUGUUUGGUCAUUAUGUUUUGCAGUGCCCAUUACAUGGAAUUAGGGGAGCCCCAAUAUACCCUGUAAACAAAGAAUGCCCAGGUUAUGUAAAAUAGCUCGGGUGACUGGCAGAGUGCACACGCCCGGCUUGCUUACUACAGGUGGCGGUGAUCAAGCCCCACAGGGCACCGCGUUCACUGCUCACACCCCAAACGUGCACUGAGCUCGUGCUGUGCACAGGACUCACGAUGAGUUCAGCACGCAGCACAAAUGUGUUCCUGGUCCCGUCAUUCGUUAUCUUCCUCUUAACCAUUUACUCAGUAUCAGAUUCUCUCUGAAUAUCACAUGACAAUCCAAGCCUGCAUGCAGGUUAUGACAGGGCAUGCUUGUGCGUGUACAUGAGGGAGUCUGCUAAUAUUAAAAACCUAAUCCCAAAUGCUCCUGCCAUCCCAUUAACAUUGCAGAUGGUAGAUAAUGACUCUGCUAAUGCAUAAAUAGCAGGAAUAGAAAACCUGUGUGUUCUGUGUUUUAGUUACACGUUGACCGUGUGCGUUGUUGCGCUUUCUGCAAAUUGAAAUUGAUAAUGUGCAAAUUGACGUAACUCGGUAUACCAUAGCUACUGUGAUUAACAAAACCUCUUGAAUGCAAUUUGCCAUUUUCUACAAAGUGAAUACCAUUGUCAUAUGCAUAUAAAUAGUUGUAAGAUGAAUGAUAUUUACACUAUAUAUUGUACUCCUGAUUUUAAAUAACUGAAUUUUACAAUUAUAACAGCAAACUUUAGGGGAUACAUAGGGGUAUACCGAUUCAUUGAUUAAAAUCGAUCCCUAUAUUUAAGAUAUGUAUCAAGUUUUGUGGGUAUAAAUUCUGGUUAUAUUUAAAUAAUGUUAUCACUACAGAGAAUACAAUUAAAUCAUACUUUAGUCUACAUGCAGCACACGGGCCAAAUAUGAAUCGACGUGUUCAUUACAUUGUGACAUAAGUGAGAUGUUUAAUCGAGUCGCCAAGGCAGUGAAUACUGUUAACGCCCGUGUUUCUUAUAGUAUACGUCUGCUGAGUAACCUGUAUCGCUCAAAAGAGCCAUUCGAUGCCGAUUGGUCAUGAAUCGCAAUCCGCAGCACCCAAAGCCGUGACACCCACGGCUCGAGUGGCACUCCCAGAGCCGCGUCGCCGGUGGCAGCAGCGGCUGAGGGAGGAGUUGAUGCGGCCGGUCCCAUCUCUCCCUCUCGGCUCCUCCACAUCCCCGCAUGGAGCCGUGGUGUAGGGCCGCGGUGUGCUGCUGGAUCCGAUGCAGCACAACUUGUGCAGUAUGCCUGGCGAUAAAUGCAACACACCUUCACCGUCUCAUUAGUGAUUUGUAUCGUGCCAGGGCACACGUUUUAGAUGGAUAAUUAUGCUUACAAUUUAUAUUUGGAAUAUUGUGCAUGCAUUGUACUGGGACAGCUUCUUAAACAUAAUGAGGAAUUGACUUUUUGAUACCUGGACUAGAGCUCAAAGUUGCGUGUGUCUUGUAGGGUGUGUAGCGUCACCAUUGGUGCUCGAGCCGAAUUACCACCUGAGAUUAAAUAAUAAAACAACCCAGACAACACACUCAAUGUGGAUUUUGACUCGGGCUAGUGGCGCUGCCUGCCCCUUGCUGUGGUCCACUGGCACCCAGCUCCCACUCCCCACCUCCGCGUGCCCCCAGUUUACACCGCUCACACCGUCACGGUCAUCGUGACCUCCAUGGCCACAGCGUCACCCAGUCCCACUUCCCUGCCCGAGUCGUCCCUGGGAGCUCUACCCAGGGGACCCUGCAGAAUGGACGCGCACGUUUAUUAAUCUCAGCCAACACCUCCAUCCCCAUUCAUCCACAGACACUGUCCCCUCUCGUGACGGGAGAGCGUCUUCUGUGGCUUCGUUAUAUGUCGAUGAGUUAUACACAGUUGUGAUGCCACGCACCAUUGUCUCCUGAGGUCUGUGAGUCAUUGAGACUGCCCUAAAGUGUCCCUGUUUGUUGACCACUCUUCACUGGAGUGAUUAGGCAUGGUCCUUUGAAAUGUACCUAAAACACCCCUCUUUUAAAUACGGAACUGUCAAUCUCAAUGCUCCAGUGGCCUGUGUCUCCCCCCUCCCUCCCUUCGUCUUUAUCAGCAGGCCCUUGUGUGGGGCGAGCGAGAGCAAAAGGUGGCAACGAGCAAUCCAAACCCACUGCUCGCUUCGAGAAGGAGAUGCCUCUAGUUCAUGGUUCUGGUAACUCACAUUGGCAGUGUUCCGGUCUCCUCUCGAGCCCACUCAUUCGUUUUGAAGUGGCUGCAGGAUUUGCAGCUCUUUGUUAAUCCAAACGAGGGCAUGAAGAGCUCAGGUCUGACAGGAGAGACGCUGUGGCGACGAUUACAAUAAUUACCAGAACUGUACAUUACUGGCAUCUUUAGCAGCCUAUGGUAGGGUUUGGUUUCCAUCUAAGCACCAAUGAACAGACUACGUUCCCUACAAGACAUUGGAAAUAAUUUUUAAAUAUUAACAGAAAAAACACGGUUUCUUGGCACGUUGUUUCCCAGUAUGCUGUGUGUGCUAGUACAGUACGUGAAAUGUGUUGUUUUUCAUGGCAAACAGGCAAAGUAGUUUAUUAAGGAAUUGAUUCAGAUUGUAUUUUAUAAACGUGCUUUAUGUUGGCCAAAAACAGCUAUAACGCUUUAUGCAAACAGGCAAAGUAGUUUAUUAAGGAAUUGAUUCAGAUUGUAUUUCUAUAAACGUGCUUUAUGUUGGCCAAAAACAGUUAUAACGCUAUAUGCAGCUCACUCAGAUUCAGUGAUGGCACAGGGUCCACUCAGCUCCCUGCACACAGGCGCAGUCCCACUCGAGCUGCUGCUGCUGCUGGGGCGCCGGCUGUGAGCCCUGGCAAGGGAGCAGCCUCUGGCGUCUGCAGAGACAGGAGCCACAUUCACUUGACAUCUCCAUUCGCCUAACGUGCGGUUCCCAAUAGAACUGCGCGAGCCAUGGGUCGCGCACCACACCGCAUGAGUGCGCAGCUCUCCAGCCAUCCCCCAGCACGGGCGCUGCACCGCUGCCUCAGCGCGGCGAUUGACACCUGUGGCAGCUCCGCAGGGCUCACCCUGAGGUGUCGCUACUUGAAGUGCAGCUACACUGGACGAUUCUGCUGCUGCUGUUGGUGACGCCAGAGUGGGAGUCGCCCUCGCUGAGCACGAGGCAGAGAAGGGAAGCUGCUGGGAGCUGCUGCUAGGCCAUGUGACCACGACCAUUGUCACGCGCGUGCAGCCAAUUGAUAGAGCAGCAACACUUGUAGGGCAGUGGAGAAACGUAUUACACACACACACGUUUUGAAGGACAUUGUUUGCAUUCUAUAAUGGCGAGGGGCGACUGGACGAACCAAGUGUUGUCAUCUCUCAGGGUGCGAUCACGAGCCGUGGCUGCCUCGUGGCUCCGCGAUGGUCACACCACCGCCUUGCGCUCCACUCAGUGCCGCUGCUGCUUCUCACUGUGCUGGAGCACCACAGCACUGCAUGCGAGUGAUGCCUCACUAAGCACACCACUCGAUGUUUUUUUUUGUAAUGUUGGAUGUCAUUUUAUAUGUUCCAAUAAAAUUCGA